AUCGAGACCCCGAGUACCGUGAUACAAUACUAGAAUCACUAAUUCCAAUACCAUCGGUCGAAACCUGCCCACCUUUGCAACAGUUUUAUCAAAAUCGACCAAAUCGAAAUCACGAAGGUCGACAUUCUAAUCACGAAGGUCGAUAUUCUAAUCACGAAGGUCGAUAUUCUAAUCACGACGAAGGUCGAUAUUCUAAUCACGAAGGUCGACAUUCUAAUCACGAAGGCUCUGGUCAUCGGGGUUCUGAUUAUCGAGAUAAACGGGAUUCCAAUUAUCGAGAUUCUAAUAAUACCCAUCAUAACCCUUCUCACCAUUCUUUACCUCCGAACCCUUUUGCCGCACCGCAUCCCACUCACAAUGUCUCUGAUGCUCGCUUAAAUCCUAAACGAUCAAAAAUAGAAUUACCUAAUCAGAAGGUCAGUUUUUUAGCGUGUCAGAUAAAUGAGCCAAUAUCAGGAUUAAAUAUGAAAAUAGGACCGAUCUUAGAGCCGGAUUAUAAUCAAUUCUGUAUGAAAGAAAUAGUGGAAAGCCUUCUUGAAGAAAAGGUAGGCCUUACCGGAAUUAAGAGGUAUGAUCCAGUUAAAGAUUUGGAAUUUCGUUUCGCUGACUUAUGCGGUGGGCCAGGAGGGUUCGCAGAAUACUUAUUAUGGAGGAAAAAUUCAUUAGGAGAACGAAUUUUUGGAUGGGGAAUCACAUUGACUGGGGAACAAGAUUAUGAUCUCAAUAGGUUUAAUCCUGAUUCUAUGGUAAAUUUUUGUUUUAAGAGGGUCUAUGGUAAAGAUAAGACAGGUGAUCUAUACAAAGAAGAAAAUAUCAAUCAGUUCGUUAACAUUGUGAUGGAGGAUACAAAGGGAGUUGGUGUAGAUUUGAUUACAGCCGAUGGC